GCUCAGAUCAUCGCGACAUUACUCUGGAAAUAUGCAAAAAAUCAGAAUGAACUUGCCGCUAGUACACUGCCAUAUGCACGCGCCACAUUUUUGUCGUUUUCACAUUUCGAGAGUGGUCCACCACCACAUGCACAAAAGACAAAAAUUACGUCGGUGUCUCUUGCUCCGUUCUAGCGGAAGAUUGGUGAAUGGUGCGGCGAGGCUGCUGUUACCUGUCUUGCCCACACUUCCAGAUUCAAUCGGAAAGGUCCCGCUGGUCGAUAAUAGGGGUUCGGAAAGAGAAUAAAGAUUCCCUCUUGUCUGUGUUUUCUAACAAACAGCUCGUUAGUCGCAAUAUUGAGGCGGUGUGCGUGGUCACUGCAGCGCUGUUGUAGUCGGUGUUCAGCGUGCUGAUCGACAGCGAGUUGCGGGCUCUUCGUGCUUGUUGGCCGAUCGAGCGCUCCAGCGAGGAUGGUGGUCAAGGUUGGCAUCAAUGGUUUCGGCCGCAUCGGAAGGCUGGUCCUGAGGGCUUCCCUCAACCACCCCAACGUGCAGGUCGUUGCUGUGAACGACCCUUUCCUCGAUCCCGAGUACAUCGUCUACCUUUUCAAGUACGACACCGUGCACGGUAAGUACAAGGGCGAGGUCGGUCUGUCUGCUGACAAGAAGCUGGUCGUCGAUGGCAAGGAGAUCGCCAUCUUCGCUCUCAGGGACCCUGCGGCGAUCCCAUGGGGACAGGCAGGUGCCGAGUAUGUGGUGGAAUCCACCGGCGUUUUCACGGACAAGGACAAGGCGGCUGCUCAUCUCAAGGGCGGCGCCAAGAAGGUGGUCAUCUCUGCUCCCUCUGGCAACGCCCCGAUGUUCGUUAUGGGCGUGAACGAGGAGAAGUACACGCCCGAUCUGGACGUCAUUUCCAACGCGAGCUGCACGACCAACUGUCUGGCGCCUCUGGCCAAGGUCAUGAACGACAACUUCGGCAUCGUCGAGGGACUGAUGACCACCGUACACGCCGUGACGGCCACGCAGAAGACGGUAGACGGCCCAUCUGGCAAGGACUGGCGGGGCGGGCGCGGAGCUGGGUUCAACAUCAUUCCCAGCGGAACGGGCGCCGCGAAAGCCGUGGGCAAGGUUCUUCCCGAGCUGAAUGGCAAGCUGACGGGUAUGGCUUUCCGUAUCCCGACGGCUGACGUGUCGGUGGUCGAUCUGACGGUGAGGCUGGCGAAGAGCGCGACGUACGAGGAGAUCAAGGCUGUGAUUAAGAAGGCCUCGGAGGGCGAUCUGAAGGGCAUCUUGGGGUACACGGAGGACGAUGUGGUGUCGUCKGAUUUCAUCGGCGAUGUUAGGUCGAGCAUCUUCGACGCCAAGGCGGGCAUUGCCCUGAGCGGCAACUUCGUGAAACUGGUGUCCUGGUACGACAACGAGUGGGGAUACUCCAACCGCGUUGUGGAGUUGAUUGAGCACAUUUCGAAAGCUUAAGUAAGAUAGUCUGCGCACUAGUCUUUAAUUAGGGAUCGGCUUUUUGAUUGGUGGUUGUUAGCGGCAUCAUCAGGAGUCGAUUACACAUGUAGUCUGGCGUUCUGUGAUAGUUUGGGAGUGUCUAUUCUGUGUUUCUUUACUAGAGCUCUACUCCGGCAGCGCCUUGAACGAUGGAAACGCUGUAGCUUGAGUGCCCCUAUUGGACGCAUACUGUUUGGUUUUGGAGGCCACUGAAGGCGUGGGGAGAGCGCGGGGUGUAUAGGGUCCCUGGAUUGAGUAGAGUAGAUCAUGAAACUUGUAUCUCGGUUAAUUCUCCAUCCGCCGAUCGAGUACAUCUGCCAUAAUCGAGUCGUUUUCGUCGAUCGUGGUUGAUGUUAUUUUUGCAAGGUGAGUUGCGGGCGAAUUGAAAUCGGUAAGUUACUUGUAGGGUUGCUGUUGAUAACUUGAGAGUCGUUUAGGGCCAGAUCCAACUAGCCCCUAUUGUUCAUUUCGGACCGUUGAUCUUCGUAAUCGAGGGUGAGAAAUGAAUAAUCCAGGGUUGUGGGAUAUGACCCUUAGAAAGACGAAUCGCGGUUAACUUGAAAUGUUCUGUAAUGAUUGCCAGUUCCGCGAGACUGCAGUUUUGGAAGCAAAAAAAAUCAUAGAUUUCUUUUCAAAAUGAAAGGGAACAAUUAUUUUGCUGUUGCAUUCAUUUGCCCCAUUCG